AUGGAGAAGAUACCCGAGCACCGCCCGUCCAGAAUGCCAGACAACACUGCCCUGAAGCAGCAGGAGUUGCCUGCCCACCAGCUACACUUCUCAGCCAGGACAGUCCUCUCGAUAUUUUUUGCCACAGGAGUAUUCUGCUUGGGCAUGGGCAUCAUCCUCAUAGUGUCUUCAAGGAGGGCCCAGGAAAUAGAGAUUAAUUACACAAAAAUAUGUGCAAAUUGUGCAAAAAUGCGGGAAAAUGCCUUUAAUUUUGACAAAGAAUGUACCUGUUCUAUUCCCUUUCGCCUUACCAAGAAUAUGAAGUUCACCAAAGCACUGCUCAUUGCUGUAUCAUCUUGCACCCAGGCUGUUCAGGACUGUGGUCCAUUCAAAAUGUCCCACAACAGGACUCCCAUCGUUCCUUGCGGUGCUAUUGCCAACAGCAUAUUCAAUGACACCAUAGUUCUGUCAUACAUCCCUAAUUCGCAAAUACACAUCAAAGUCCCACUGCUGAGGACCGGACUUACAUGGUGGACAGAUAAGUAUGUCAAAUUUCAGAAUCCAGUCUCCAAUAAUCUUGCUGAUUACUUUAAAGGAACUGCAAAGCCUCCAAACUGGCCUAAGCCUAUCUAUGAGUUGGAUGAACAGGACUGGGGAAACAACGGCUUCCUCAAUGAUGAUUUCAUUGUGUGGAUGCGGACAGCGGCCUUUCCCACUUUCAAAAAGCUGUACCGUCGACUCCAUCGAAUCCAGCAGUUCACAGCAGGCUUGCCUGCUGGUAAUUACAGUUUCGACAUAACCUAUAACUUCCCAGUAACCAGGUUCAAAGCCGAAAAAUCAGUUGUUCUUUCUACCACAACAUGGAAUGGAGGGAGUAGCCUUUUCUUGGGUCUUGCCUACACAGUGACAGGAGCUGUGACGUGGUUGGCCACCUUUGCCAUGAUGGCAAUUCACUUCGGGAUGGAAAGAAAGAAAAUGUCCAUCUUAUAUAAUUCCGAUCAAAAAAAGCAGGAAAGAGAAGAGGCCAGUGAAGGAACAGGCAAAGGUCUCUCAGAAGGUCAGAAGGCAUGA